CUUGCGUCGAGUAAGCACGCGUAUAGAAACUCUCGACCAGUCGCCCGACUGGUCGACCAACCGGUCCGGGAAAACGUUCUGUGGCUUAUUUUUUGUGAACACCAAUGUUUAGUUAACUUGUGCUUUGUGGAUUGUGAAUGGAAAAGAGUAAACUCAACCCGAAUCUGAUAUGAGAUGGGAAUUCGAGAACUAUGCUGCGGAUUGCUGUUGACCCUUCUAAUCAGAUCCUCUGGAAGCGACUGGCUAAGCUGCGGCCACAUCUCCGCCUGCCACUGCAAAUGGUCAUCCGGCAAGAAAACAGCAUCAUGCGUCUCGGCCAGUCUGACACAGCUACCGCCUUUGGCAACCGAAAUACAAGUCCUAGACCUUCACGAAAACCCCUUAAAAGAACUCCAAAGAGACGCGUUCGCGAGCAUAGAACUAUUAAAUUUACAACGUCUCAAUCUCAGCUCAACAAGUCUACGCUACUUGCAUCAAAGCGCCUUCAGGGAGUUGCGCAUCUUAAUAGAAUUAGAUCUCUCAAGGAAUUACCUCACCGAACUUUCACCUGACACGUUCAAAGGCAACGAACGUUUGAGGCUGCUAGUACUUAAUGACAACCCGUUAAGUAAAUUAGUCGCGCAGCAAUUCCCGCCCCUUCAACAUUUAAAGAAACUAGAACUUGCGAGAUGUCGACUCCGCAAAGUUCACCCUUACGCCUUUGUGAACCUGCGGGCCUUGGAAACUGUGCAUUUACAUCAAAACUUGCUGUCAUAUCUACAGCGAGACACAUUCAACCUGCCCGUGCUAAAAACUUUGACGCUUUCAGACAACCCGUGGCACUGCGAUUGUAGAUUGAGGGAUUUUCACGAAUGGUUCCUUACAAGUAACCUCGGAAAUGAAGACGUUUUUUGCGCGAGCCCAGAUUCAAUGGCUCAUGUUCCUUGGUUGGAAAUGAAGGGUGCAAACAUGGUUUGUCCCCCCACAGCCAUAACUAGUCCUUCCGUGAUACGAACCGAAAGCGGAGCUGACCUUUCCUUCGGAUGUUUUGCUAGUGGUACCCCGAAGCCAACGGUAACGUGGUCAUUCAGACACACGGAAGUAACGAAUAAGACUAUUAGUGAUAGUGACGUUGUUAUCUAUAAAUAUUCUGUAAGGCAUUUGAACGAGUACGACGAAGAAGUAGUCAACAGAAGUGCUCAAUGGCUUAAUGUGUCCAUAACUAAUGUAACUAGUGAAUUAGCUGGAGAAUGGAGAUGCAGCGCUAAGAGUUCUGCUGGUGAAGCAUUUGCUUAUCUUACUCUUUUCUUGCCAAAAGCGCGGACUGCAACGGCUCGAAGUGCUCCAGAUUACUCCAAAUUCUUCAUAGCAAUUGGCUCCGUAUUUGCUAUGGCCGGUGCUGGCUUCGUAGCUGCAUGUUUCUGUUGGAAGAUACGACGCCGGAGAGUGCCUCCAAGUAGAAGUUUCACUGACCAAGAAAAGAAGCUCCUAGAUACUUCCCUAGCCGUCAGCUGCGAUAGGACUAGCGUAGAAAUGGGUUCCUCGUACGGUUUCGAGAUGUUCGACAGAUCGAUGUCCAUGGAAAGUGAGGACACACAGCGGUGUUUGGAACCAGUUCAGAUUACGAUAGAAGGGCCUUCUGGAUCCUUCCCGCCUCCUCCAGCAGAAUUUGCGAUCCCUGCUCCGUAUGGAAACAUUUUUAUAUCAGUACACGUGACUGGACAUAACGAGGAAUAUCCUGACUUGUUGAGCGGGGGGUCCACAUUACCCAGAAGAAGUAGGACAUGUUUUUUGAAAUCUACGUACGAUAAUAUGGGACCUAGAGUGACGGCUGCCGGUAGUUCUACCUGGUCGCUACCAGGUGCUAAAGUAGAAGGGAAACCGACUAAAGAAACUUCUUCUACUUUGCCAUUGUCGACAUUUUCUACUGAAUUUACGGCUCUGUAAAAAUUUAUUUAGAAUAUUUCGUGUUUGUUGAGUCAUUUUGUUUUUGUUUAGCUGAGUGAGUGGAAACAACGAAGAUCGGUAAUUUUAAUUUGUUUAUUUAGUUAAACAAAAAUUCACUUUAAAAAUAUCGAAACUGAUAAAAAUUUAUUGAAUAACUUAGUUACCUAAUUAAAAUAGAAUUGGGUUGUUGUCUGUUAUCGUUGUUUUUUGAAAUAAAAUAUUGGAAUAUUUUAACAAAAUAUAAAAACUGACAGCCGAAAUUGAAUUUGAUAGACAGUUAAUUAUCACCACACCUAAUUUAAUUUUUCUUAUAAUUGGUAUUUGAAUUACCUAUUUAUGUCAAGUAUUUUAUUAAUAAUGUAAAUUAUUAUAUUUUGUUAACAAUGCCGGUAAUUAUUUUGUGCCAUUUUGUUAUUCAUUUAUAGUAAAUUUUAUAAAUAAAGUUUAAUAAUAAUCAAAACAUAUCAAUUUUAGUGAAAAAACGCUUGGUUUUUAAUACAAUACUAAUAUUAUUGUGAGUUUUAAUUAAAUUUUAACCAAAGUUUCAUUUACGUAGACAUACUUGUAUUGUGUAUAAAACUAAUGAACUUAGGAAUAGUUAUUUACUAAAAUAGUCAUAAGAUUUUGAAAUAAAAAUCUUGCUUUAAAAUCAUGAGAGAACAAUAAACAAUAUCAA